ACAGAUAGAGCAAGACAGGAAACGAAAGAAAGCAACAGCAUGAAAAAACAGCAUAAUGCAAAAAUCAGCAUAAAUUAGGCCGGUGGACUAACCUGAGGAUACAGGAAGAGAGGAGUAGCACAAAACAAGAAGUUACUUCGAGUCUGAAGUGUACAGUAGUGUGAACACAUGAGGGCAGGGAUUCGCUUGCCAAUUUGUGGUUGAGUGAAGAUCGAAACCCAUUCAGAAAACUGACAAACACACUGUGUAAGAGAAGAAAGGUACUGAGCACAGUGGUGUAGAGAUGCUCAGGAGAGAGCGCGGGAGCGCAUAGACUGAGAAGGACAGCGGGGCCCCCUGAGGAGGAUAGUGGAUCAUUAUGGGAGUCAAAUGCAGGGCUUGUAUAGCCAUUGUCUUCAUCCUCCUUUUGCUUAGCUCCAUGUGGCUACAUGGUAACCUGGAGGACCACUGGAAUACUUGCCCAAAGGUUUCUAGUGUAAAAAACAAGGUUCUGUCUUUGGUUAGAGUUAAUAGUUCAGAUGACGAUGUGGCUCCACUGAGGGUAUGUCCUGGCAUGAGGUUUCAAGUUGCCGAUUUGCUGGCUCACCUGCAGGCAGCACCAGUCUCAACCAAUGAUGUGCUUCUAAAGCCAUACCUGGCCAGCUGGGAUGAGCUUAUCAAGUUUUUGGAAGCCCUGGGGCCAAUGGUGGGUUUAAUUUCACAAGAAAUUGAAUCAAAAACCGCCAUCAUUCGUGACCUGGCCCAAAAAGCGGAGAAAGAGGCAGAGAAAAAAAUGAAAGACAGAAAAAGAAAGCCUCAGCAAAGCGACCCAGUCUUAAUGAUAUCUCAUAACAGAUCUUUGAACUACUCUGAAAUUAAUCACAGACUCUCAUUUGGUUACACUUCUAUUCGGUCUAUGAUUACAUGGGAGCUGGAGAACGGUUUGGUGGACUUCCACAAGCAGACAAACUCAGGCUGCAGGACUCUGUUGCGCUUGCAUCGUGCUCUGCUCUGGCUGCAAAACUUCCUGCAGGAACUGGGGAAGGAUGCAAGUGAAGGAGAGCGUCUACGAAGCCCUUCUGACCUCUGCAAAGAAACUUACCAGCGCAUACUGGCCCACCAUCACAACUGGUGGGUAAGGAAAGCAGCAGAACUGGCCUUUCUUGCUAUGCCUGAACGACCUUAUUUCUACCAGUUGGUGUGUGUGGAAACGCAGUCAGAAGCUGCUGUGGUGCUGAACAGGGUAGUGAGAGCAAUAGAAGAAGUGUAUGAGAGAAAUGAAGUCGCUCUACAGGAGCACGGCAUGCUGGAUCUACCCUGAGUGUAGAAAGAGGGAGGAAAAAUCACAGGAAAUAUGAGUGGGACCAGCCUAAAGAACAAGGCACUAAAUUAUAAGACUAGAGCUUUGAACCCUUAUGAGAAAAGAAUGAAGACACUGCUGGAUAAAUACAAGGCUUAUUUAUUCAUUCUUACUGAUGUACUCAAAGUAAGUUACACUUUCUUAAAGAAUUAGUGACCACUUUCAUGAGUUCAACUGUUAGUGAAAAAGGUUGGCAAGUAA